CAGGGAGCCCUGUCUCUUUAAAAGCGCGACUGCGUUGCUACAUGGCGUCUCUGGUUCCCUCGGCAACGAGAGACUCUGGUAUCUUAGCAACAGUUACACCCGCCUUCUGUGAUAGGUGAUAGGUCAGCUACACACCCGAAGGGGUAUCCCUCGCAGGGUGACUGGGUGCGUUGCCUUUCAAUCAAUAAGCGCUUUGUUUGGAGCGGGGGAUAGAUUGUUUCAUUUGCGACCACAGAUUGUAAUUUAAGGUCUGAGAAUCUGCAGCCUGGAAAAUGCCGCCCAAGAAAAAGGGAAAAGCAAAGGGGAAGAAGGGAAAGAAGAAGAAAACAUCUGAUGACAAUGGAUUGCAAGAGAAGUACAAGCGCAGCACUCUGGAUGUGGCCGUGCUGAAGCAGCACCUGGCCCUGCGGAGGGAUGUAGUGAGACAGGCCCAGGCUUGCAGUCACAACCUGAAAUCCAGACUGGCUGUGCUGGAGCAGGAGCUGGACGAGGAGCGCGAGGACAAGAAGGAUAUCAACGCAGACCUGACUCGACAGUACAAGACCAUGCAGAUGGAGACAGGGCUCUGUGCCAGCAGGACCUGCAGUGCGAGCGAGAGGAGAAGCAGCGCACAGUGCAGGAGAAGGACGCCACCAUCGCAGAGCUGCAGGGCAAGAUCGACAACAUGGAGACAGACUAUGAGAGGAUCCUGCAUGACACUCUUGACAGCCUCCUGUCCCGCCUGGCUGAGUCCAAACUGCGCUGGGUGGAUGAGAGCACCGCACUGCACUUUGACAACAAGGAGAGGCUGGCAGACUUUGGGCUCAACCCGUUGGACAUCUGACCCCUCUCUGACCAGCGCAUGGGCACCCGGGAGCCAGCAGCAUCGGUGGAGGUGAAGGAGAUUGAGAACGACAAAGGAAAUAACAAAGCAGUCCCUGCAGGGGAAGGACUGAGCCGAUAAGAUCAGGGUGCACAUUGAGAUGCUGCUGAGGCCAGCCUUGCAGAAUGGGAACAUGUGAGUGCUGUGAACAGCGACACACAGAGUUAUCCGGUGGUUUUGAUAUUAUCUUCUUCAGUGCAAGCCAGUCCGAGCUCAGAACGGUGCGUUUUGGUAGAUAGCAUCAUCUCAUCCACGGACAUAGCUAGAAAUAGAUUUUUACUGUGGCAAAAAUCACAUUUUUGUCUAAAGAAACCUGCAUGUCCUUUUUAUGUUACGAAGGUGAUGGUUCUCAUCUUAUAAAGCCUGGAAUUAAUGCAAACUGCAAAGCAAUACAAGUCGCUAACUCUUUU